AAUAGGAUCCCCCCUCCAUUCAGAAGAAACUUCCGCACAGCUGACAACGGAAUUGUUUUUCCCUAUGUGCAUUUACCUGCCCGAAUAAGUAUCAUGGACGUAUAGGUACUACCUUUUAGCAGCCUCUCAUCAUGAGUUCUGACUUGACAACUAGCUCGCUGGCCUCCAGGAAUGUUUCUGCCACACCUGGUAGAUUUGGAUACAAUGGAGAUAAGAGUGCGCAAACAAUCGAGAGUGGAUAUAAUGGACGAUUGGCGAAAGUUUUGACAAGCGUGCCAGCCUCUGCUCUGGCCGGGGCCCAUUGGGCAACCCGAAAUAAAAGCACCAGUUCUUUUAGCGACCCUACAGAAUCCAUUGGACUGCAUCAUACCACAAGGUCUAGUGUGGCAGAUUCCACACCCCUGGCUCUCAGUGGGGUGUCUACUGGUAGUGCACAACUCGGGCACAUGGGCACAGUGAGCUUUUCAAAGUCCUCUAAGGAUGCCAAAGGACAUCUGUCCUUUUCUUCUUCAUCUGUCUUGGGAGGAGUCUCCGAGUCAUCUUCAGACCAAGAGCAAAGGAACUUGUUCACACCACCCCAAGCUCCUCAGCCGGUUUUGAACUUGACUUCUGGCUCACUCGGCCUAGAACUAAAGGCCGGAAGUGACAAGGGCAUCUCGUCUGUUAAGUCUCAAGGCUCUUCAAAGUUAUUGUUAAGUGACAGUUCAGUGAAAAGAUGCAGAUUAGAGACACCCUCUAGCCAGAUAAGUAACAUAACCCCAAGCCCAGUAGAGGUGAGUAGCAAGUCAGAGGAUAUUGCAGUUCAAGGGCAAGGGAUGCUUCAAGAGGAUGCUGUUUCUCCUGACCUAAUGGAUGCUGAAGAAGCUAGCCAGAUUGUGAUGAGUGUAUGCUUUGGACAAGGGAAACUAGGCGCUGCUUUCUACGAUGUUAACAAUUUCCAAGUUUACCUUGUGGAGGACAAAGUCGAUGCUUCCCCUGAUUUCUGGGCUCUCCAUACUCUCCUCCGGGAACAGAAGCCAAGGUGGGUGAUCGUUGGCGGACGUCAGGAUGUUCGUUUCUUCCGCACACUUCAGGAGCUCUGCGGGGUGCCAAGGACGCCCCUGAACCCGCCAUCUGCACCUCGACCAGGCGGGAGUGGGAGAGAGAACAGCCCAUCUUCAGACGUCGCGGCGGCCUCUCCCUUGACCACCUCUUCGUCUGCAGCAUCCUGCACUAUAAGGGUUCUUCCAAUGAGUGAUUUUAAGUACGAGCUGUGCUUGCGGCGGGUGCUGUCCCUGGCGCUUCCUGGAGAACCCGAAGGUGCGACGGAGGGCGAGAGAGAAUUGUACAUCCGGGGAAAAGUCAACACUGAACUUGUUCAGAUGACGAGGGCGUUCGGAGCGUUACUGAGGUUUAUCAGCAGACUCGAUUGUAAUAUCUUUUCGUCAAUAAUACCUGAGGGCCCGCUGGUUUUAGGCAUUCAUAUCUACGCAAUGGAGGACUUGACUCAGCUGGACGAGGAAACUGCCUGUGCGCUCCAGCUGUUCUCUGAGGACCAACACCCAGCCAACUACAAGAGCGGCAUAUACUCCUCCAGCAAAGAGGGACUCAGUGUCUACGCUCUCCUCAGCCGGACAUCUUGCCCCCUGUCCCCUCCCAUACUCAGGAGGCUUCUCCUACGCCCGGUGACGGACUUGGAAGUCUUGCAGUCGAGAUACGCUCUCGUCCAGUGGGCCAUCGAUCCCGUCAACCUGGAGACGGUCAGGAAUAUCCAGACCUCCAUGAAGAAGAUCACCAAUGUCCCGCACGUCAUGAAUCGAUUGCACCAGGGUCAACUCCACGUGCGCGACUGGAAGGUCCUCUACAACUCUCUGUUCAACGCCAUCCUCAUAGGCGAACUGUGCCACGACCAGGAUCCAGAUAUUCCAGUUUUCAAGCAGACCAGAGAGUGCGUGACGGAGGGGCUGUACCACGCUUGUUUCCUCAUCCAACGCAUCUUGGACAUCGAGCAGUCGGAGAGAGAAGCCAGAUUUAUAGUCCGACCAGGAGUCGAUACAGAACUGGAUGAAAAGAAGCGCCGAUUCAGCGGGUUAAGCGAACUCAUGCAGCGGGUCGCCGAAAUAGAGUUGGCACGCCUUCCCCAGGAAGUCGAGUCUUGCAGUAUCAUUUAUCUGCCCCACGUGGGAUACCUCUUGGCGUUCCCGCCUUCGCCUGAGCUCAAUGAGAUCCUCCCUGCUUGCGACUACAAUCUACCUGGACUUGAGUUUAUGUUCCGGACGGCGGACCUGAUACUUUACAAGAGUUUCACCUGCUGUGAGAUGGAUCGUGAACUUGGGGACAUCCAGGUGGACAUCGCCAACCACGAGACCCGAAUCAUGAUGAGGCUGGUGGAGUCACUCACCCAACAGGCGCAGAACUUCACGUCUCUCGUGGGCAACAUACUCAUGCUAGAUUGUUUGCUGGCCUUCGCUACCGUGUCCCGCGAGUUCGGAUGGGUGAAGCCUGAGCUGACUACCGACCCCGUCCUGGAGAUGAUCGAAGCACGUCACCCUCUGUACGAGCUUUGCACGGCCGCCUUCGUCGCCAACCCCGUCAGGAGCGGCCCUCCUAACCCCUGCGUCACGCUGAUUACUGGCCCCAACGCAAGCGGAAAGACUGUGUACCUCAAGCAGGUCGGUGUUCUGGUCGUCUUGGCCCAGAUCGGAUGCUUUGUGCCCGCAACUCGAGCUCGCCUUAAGCCCGUGGAUGCUAUCAUGGCGGUCACUCAAGCCACGCCCUCCGUGACCUCAACGCUGUCAGCUUUUAUGGCGGACUUAUCAAGGAUGAGCAACGUCUUGGACAAAGCCACGAGAGAUUCCCUGAUCAUCAUCGAUGAGUUUGGUGCCGCCACCUACGAGAACGACGGAGCUGCCCUUCUGACGGCUUGUCUGGAUUAUCUGUGCCAGAGGACCGUUCCUAGGUACUCCUCGCCACCUUCUCGGGAGAAACUCAACCCUUACUCCGCACCUCCACACGUCUUUGUCUCCACGCACCUUCUGCAGGUGUAUGAUCAUCUGCAGUACAAGGAGGCUGUGCACUGCCUGGUUUUAGAUGCUGUGGAGGAAGAAGGAAGGGUGGUUCCUUUGUAUCUAGUAACAGAGGGUCGUGCCAAAACGAGUUAUGCUGCUGCAGUUGCUGAGGUAGCUGGUAUCCCUAAGACAGUUGUUGACAGAGCCAAUCGGGUUUUUAAAUACAUUAGAAAGUGCCGCCUUCCCCCUAAAUGGUCCAUCCUUGAUGACGGAGAAGAAAGAAAACGCUGUGAAGCAGUGGUUGCUCUCCUGUUGUCACAUGACCUGGAAAAGGACCCCUUAGACGAACUGCUAUCUAAGAUUCGUAAAUUUGCACAACCUUCAACCGGAUCCACAGUAUCAUCCGCUCCAUCGACUACUGCAGGCAUCAACUCUGCAUCUAAAGCACCUGGCAGUGAUCCUAGCUCUCUGACACUGAAUGCAUCAAGAAAAAAUGCAGCUAGCAAUACCAAAGUUCUUGAGCCUUACACAGAAGGCAUGUCUCAUACUCCAGAAGAAAUGCCAAAUACCUCUCCUGAUGACAAAGAUGCUGUUUUGGCAGAGCUAAGCUCGUGCAUAUCAUUGAAACUGUGCGUGGAAACUGUCUUUUCGUCGGGAAGUUCCACCUCUUCAGCAAGAGAAAAGGCAAGAGAUCCCCCUCCCAGUUUAAACCACACAUCUGCUGGAUCAUCAACAGUUUGCUCCAAUACAGAUAAAGACCCAACUCCUAAAAAUGAAGAGACAACGAAAGCACUGAAAAAGCCUACCUUGCCAAAGAUAAUGAAGCUUACGCCUGAUCUGCAAGAUUCCCAGUCACAGGCAAACCCGCUCACUUCAAAUUCUACAUCACUUCUCUCAGACAGGAAAAGAAAGCUACCAUCUACACCAGGAUCGCUUCGUGCACCGCUUAGACCAUCAAAGAGUAUUUCUGAUGCUAUCCAGGGACCCCAGGAAUGUCGCCAAGACGAUUCAAAAUCCUUCUCUAAUGGAGGGGACUCUUCUGAAAAGGACAAAUCAGAAAAGUCCCGAACUUCAUUAAAACGGCACUUGGAUGUCACCAGACGAGAAACACCGAAGUUAACCUCCCAGGAACGAGAGUCUCUCUCUGGGACAUCCUGCAGCCAAGAGAGUUUGCCAUUACAUGGAUCAUGGGACCCAAACUCAGCAGGUAGUCGACAGAGUUUAGUAUUGCAUAACUUAGGAAAAGAGAGAAAAUCUUCAUUCAGUUUCCAAGACUCAUUUUCAGACACAAAUCUAGCCACGUCAUCGACCUCAGAGAAAAGGAAAGGAAUUUUUAGUGAUUCUUCGCUCAGUCCCCAGACAUCUUCCAAGGAUAACUCGGAGCUAUCUUACAAUGAAAAGACACCAGGAAGGACAAGGCUAAGAAAGCCCCAAAUUUCAAAGAAACUGGAAUUGGCCAACAGUAAAGGAACUGUCAAUAUAUGUUUUCAAUAUCAACAGUCUCCAUCUAGCUUACACUGCAGUCAGGAGAGUAUACUCCCACCGAAGAACUGGAUGGCAGUGGGUGAUCAGGAAGAGACCCAAGGUUUCCAUAUUUCAUCAUCGACAAGCUUAAGCAAAGAAAUAAAACCAACAACUAAUAUCCAGCAUUCUGUCUCCAGCACAGAUAAUGAAGCUGAAACCGCACCAUCACCCAACACAGAUAAGACAGAACCUGUGAUGACAUCUGAGGCUCCCUAUUUGAAGAGCUUUUUUGAUACUCCUCAGAGCCCUGACAGAUGUUAGCUUAAUAGCAUGGAAGCACUUUUCCUCAGAGGCAAAGAUUUCGGCUCGUGGGACUAUUAUGCCCGAGAAAUUGCAGCCAGAAGUAGUCUAUAGAGACCUAUACCACAUGAAUUCUCAAGAUUAUGACCAAGAAUCUAAUUUUGGAACGUCCUAUAUAGGAAACUUUUCUUUUACGAAGGAACAGCAUGUUAAAAUUACUCGGUGAUAAGUGCACUUGAAAUUCAUUCUCACAGAUUCGGAAGAACUGUAAAUUUUGAAAAUUUAUUAAGUCUCAUGAGAAAGGAAGUCAUGUUUUCAAUACAUUUUGUUAUUUGACAUUUAUGGCAUUUCAGUUGUUUGACAAUAUUCUGUAAUUUAUACAAAGAUGCAUAUA